CUUUCUUUCUUUUGUGAACACAACCGAACCAAUCUGACUCCAUCUCCGGCCAGCUGAUUUCUGUAGUUGCUAGAUAUGGCGGGGGCUGAUCGUGAAGCAGUCGAGACAUUCAUCAGCAUCACCGGAGCCUCUGAAGAGGUUGCCAUCCGAAAACUCGAGGACUUUCAUGGAGAUCUGAACCAAGCUGUUAAUGCGUAUUUUACUGAAGGCGAUAGAAACAACAUAAGAACUGCACCUACUGUUAUUCCUGAGAAUGAUUCUAUGGACAUAGAUGAGCCCUUUCUUACCGAGACCAGAGGAAAUCCUUUUCCAUUUCUAUCUUCUGCCAGAAAUACGAGUCCAUUCGCGCUUCUGGAUCCUGAUUUCGGUAGAGGUCUUUUUGACGGUGGCACAGCCUUUACAAGCCGUGAACCCUUUGUUUCACAUCCAAGAGAAGUUAGGGAGAUCCCCAUUGAGGUCAUAGAUGGGCAUGGGAACUCUAGUCGUUCUGGUCAUGCUCCAUCUAUAGAAGAAAUUACUGGUUCUGCUCAGGAGCAUGGUCCAGAAAUACACGGGCCUAUCGUUAUAGACGAAGAAGAUGAUGAAGUUAUUCAAAGAUCACUUCCUGCACCGAGUGCUCCUGUUAUAGGAGAUUUCCCUGAUUACACAAAUGAUAUAGAAGAAGAAAUGAUCCGAGCUGCUAUUGAGGCUUCAAAAAAGGAUGCUAGAGAAGUACACCUUGGUCCAAAUUUUGAUUUUGGAAAUGAUUCUGGAAGACAAACCCAACAAAGGCAGCCUAGUGCAGAGGAUGCUCAGCUUGCUCAUGCUGUCUCCUUAUCAUUGAAGGCGGUUGAGCAAGAAAGAGCCGUGCAUGAAUUGGGGAUAUUUCUGGAGAGGCUCAAAAUAAGGAUGAGAAAGAAGAUAUUCCGGACACCUAGACGGUGGAAUGUUGUGCUACCCUCUUCCAAGGAAGACCCUGGUCUCAAAAAAAUUAAAUUCUUUCUAUUGUCCUUAUGCUCAUUCCUCAAGGAGGGAAUUGAUUUUUACAUUACCUGGAAAAGUGGGUUGGCUGUUGGAAGCUCGUCUUUCCAAGAUGAAGCGGAAGAUGUAGAAGAGCAUCCACUGGUUAGGCACAGACUUACACGCAAUUCUGGGGGAGCUGAAGUUAGUGCGUCAUCAAGUGUUGAACAACAUACUGGUCCUGAUACCGCACAAAACAGGAACGGCUUCAAUUUUGAUGAGUUUGUGCAGAAUAGUUUGGGGACAAAUCAAGGCCUUUAUCCUCAAAGGUCACCAUCACCAGGGCUUGCUGCUCAGCGCAUGAUACGAGAGCAACAGGAUGAUGAAUAUCUUGCAUCAUUGCAAGCUGACAGAGAGAAAGAACUUAAAGCUGUAGAAGAGGCUGAAGUAAUGCGUUUGGAGGAGCAAGCAGUUAAAGAAGCUGCCGCAGAAGCAGAAAGGCGUAAGGAGGAAGAACUGCGUAAAAAGUUCGAGGAAGAACAGGAAAUUGAGAGAAACCUUGCUGCAAAAGAAGCUUCUCUUCCUAAGGAACCAAUGGCAGAUGAUGAAAAUGCUGUAACACUUCUUGUAAGGAUGCCAGAUGGAAGCCGUCGUGGUCGCAGAUUUGUUAAAUCAGAUAAACUACAGUCCCUUUUUGACUUCAUUGAUGUUGGGAGAGUUGUCAAGCCUGACUCAUAUAGACUGGUUGAAGUCUCAAGUUCAAUUUUCACUAAAAGCACCUAGACGGUGGAAUGUUGUGCUACCCUCUUCCAAGGAAGACCUUGGUCUCAAAAAAAUUAAAUUCUUUCUAUUGUCCUUAUGCUCAUUCCUCAAGGAGGGAGUUGAUUUUUACAUUACCUGGAAAAG